GCAGCAGCAGGACCAGGCACCCCGUCUUUCUUCCCUGCAUUAUGGUUCCUGGGAUGUUCGGAUCGCUUUGGACUCUGGGGGGCUCUUGAGUGCCAGCCCGCAGCCCCUUUGGACAUGGAUCUCCUGCCAAAAAGCAAAUACACCCACCUGCACAAUGAAUCUUCAUCCUCCCUGGACGAAGGCUCUGGGGCCGCCGAGGGGGGGUUGCCCCCCGAGUCCCUCGCAGCUGCCCCGUCACUCCCCAGCUCUCAGUCCUCGUCCUCCCUCAGCCCCAUGCUGCCUCUGGGGGACCCCUCCUCCGAAUCGGAGGAGAGCCCCACCACGCUGUGCUCCUUCUUCCCCAAGAUGGCCAAUCUCAAACUCGCCAAUCCGGCCUCCCUGCUCAGCCUCCGGGGCUUUUCCCGGGAGACGGGGGCCACCGAGGAGCCUCCUGCCGCUUCCCCGCCGGACUCAGUGGGGACUGUGGGCCUCUUUUCCCAGGAUAUGAACAAACUCAGCUGCGGGAAGAAGAUGCGGGUGGAAGGCGGCCAGCUGGGGGGCGACGAAUGGACGCGGCACGGCAGCUUCGUCAACAAGCCCAGCCGGGGCUGGCUGCACCGCGACGACAAGGUGAUGGGAUCCGGCGUCUCCUACCUCGUCCGGUACAUGGGUUGCGUGGAAGUGCUGCAGUCAAUGCGGGCGCUCGAUUUCAGCACCAGGACCCAAGUCACGAGGGAGGCUAUUGGCCUGGUUUGCGAAGCCGUGCCCAGUACCAAGGGAGCCGUGCGCAGGAGGAAGCCCUGCGGCCGUGCGCUCAACUCCAUCCUCGGCAAGACCAACCUGAAGUUUGCCGCGAUGCCAAUCACCCUCACCAUCUCGACCAGCAGCCUUAACCUCAUGGCAUCUGAUUGUAAACAGAUCAUUGCCAACCACCAUAUGCAGUCGAUUUCCUUUGCCUCCGGAGGAGAUCCGGACACAGCGGAGUACGUUGCUUACGUUGCCAAAGACCCCGUGAAUCACAGAGCUUGCCACAUCUUGGAAUGUCCCGAGGGGCUAUCCCAAGACGUCAUCAGCACGAUCGGGCAGGCGUUUGAGUUGCGCUUCAAGCAAUAUCUUAAAAACCCUCCCAAGCUCGUCACGCCACACGACAGGAUGGCCGGGUUUGAUGGCUCCGCUUGGGACGAAGAGGAUGAUCCGCCACCUGACCAUCAGUACUACAACGAUUUCCCUGGAAAGGAGCCACCCUUAGGGGGGGUGGUCGACCUGCGCUUGCGGGAUGGGGCUGCGGCAGCCCAGACCCCCAACAAUUUGGGAGCCACCUUGCCUGUUGGACAAGUGGCUGCUGGGGACUACGAAUCCAAGAAGCCACAUUCGGCCGCGCAAGGCCGGGAUAGAUGCCCUCCUGGCCGCACAGAAUUCUUCAUUGACCCCUCCUACGUUAACGUGCAAAAUCUGGAGAAAAUGCAGCAGGGCGUCACCUCCAAUGGCAGCGUGCAGAGAGACCUCUUUGACAUGAAGCCUUUUGAGGACGCCUUGCGGGCACCGCCACCUCCUGCUCCGCCAUCCCACCCGCCGGCUACCAUGGAGGAACAGCUCCGCCAGGAACCAUGGUAUCACGGUCAGAUGAGUCGCAAAGAAUCAGAAAAGCUGCUGCAAGCCAACGGGGAUUUCCUGGUGCGCGAGAGUACCACCACGCCGGGCCAGUAUGUGCUCACCGGGCUGCAGGGCGGGCAGCCAAAACAUCUGCUUCUUGUCGAUCCAGAAGGAGUGGUUCGGACAAAGGAUCACCGCUUUGAGAGCGUCAGCCACCUGAUCAGCCACCACAUGGACAAUCGGUUGCCGAUCAUCUCGGCCGGCAGUGAGCUGUGCCUGCAGCAGCCCGUAGAGCGGAGACAGUGAGCAGGGACAGACCGGGAGCCACGCCACUACAGAUGUCCUUCCGCCGGGACUCCCCCGCCUCCCUUUCCUCUCCGGCCGGCCACAGGGACUUCUCCAACAGCUGCCGGGGGCGGGCCGUCCCCUCUGCCAAAGUGUCCAGCUCUCUCCCGAGGGUCGAAGGGAGUCAGUGGAGCACCAAAACCCAUCGUGCCCUCCCACACCGCCACACGCUCACCCCUCGGCUUUUCCUCGUCACCCCAAAGCGCCGGCCAUGAUGCCAGUCCUCGGUGAGGGCGCUUAAGCCUUGGUUUUCCUGACCGGGCUGGAUUUCAGACUUGGGAUAAAGUCCUCCUCGGACCUCGCCUCGGAUGACUUUGCCUCCUCCGGUAACUUUGUGGAAGAGCCAGGCGGGCCACGCAGCCCCUUGUUGGAUGCAACUGAUGCCAAAGUCCCCGUCUGGGUUUGUUUUCUGGGAGAUCGGGGUGGGGGGGGAGCUGUGGCCUCCCCCCCUUCCUUAAAGCACAAGAAUUUUUUAAAAAAGAGGGCAACUCUCUCGGGUCCCCAACGCAGAACCGCCCCUCCCUGCACACAGACCCCUCUCGUUCACUUUAUAUACGCUCUCUCUGUGCCUUGAUCCUUUUACAGGUCUCGGAUUUUAUGCAAAAUCCCUCUAGCCCCGGCAGUCAAUUGACGGUGCCUGGUUUUUUUUGCAGGGGGGAGUGCUGCAGAGUGGAGAAAGAAGGGCGGUCGUUUUUCACCCGCCUGCCUCUGAUCCAUCACGGUUCCCCCCCCCAUUUCCUCCCCCCCAAAGCCCAGUCUAAGCAAUGGAGAGACCCCUCCGGAUUAAGGGACGGUUUUGCUGAAUUUUAGGACCAUCCCCACAAAGGCAGCUGUAAAGCUGCAGGUUUCAAGACCUCCAAAGGCCCAAAAAGAGGAGAAAAAGAAUCAGGUGUAUCUUCCCGUGCUCAGGCGGGUCUUCCUCCCCUGUUCCUCCCCGGGUUCUGUACAUAAGUUUUAUAAGUUGGUGUUGCAUGUCUGUUGUUAUACUCAGAAGCCAACGUGUAGCUUUACUCUCUCUCACUGUGCCUGUCCCUGCCCCUCGGCGGGACCCCCAAGUUCACCUCGCCCCCUUCUCUCCCCUCCCUUUACACACACUUUGUAUCGGUUUGAUUUUCUCUCGAUUAUACCAAAGGAAAUCGAAUGGUUAUUAUUAAAGUUGGUAUUUCUUUA